AUGCGGUUGGCACCGAGCACCAUUGUACUGGGUGUUUGGCUGGGCCACGCCUCGGCUAUCCACGUGGCCGAGGGUUCACCUUGCCAGACACUCUGCGGCAACGUACUGGACGCAACGACGGAGACGGACGUUGUCUGCAGCGAGAGCGGUUAUUCCGUUGGCGCUGGUCCCGUAUACCAGCAAUGUGUUUCCUGCGAGUUGACCAGCGACUACUCGACAGCAACCCAGACGGACACGCAGUGGCUAUUGUAUAACCUACGAUACGCCGUCUCGUACUGUCUGUUCGGUUAUCCAUACAACCCCGAUGUGGGCUCCAGUCCUUGUCUUACAAGAACUGCUUGCGAGCCUUUGCAAAAUGCAGUAAUGUAUAAUGACCUGGCACCAAACGGCACCGAGUAUGACUACUGUUCGGCGUGGAACCAUAACCAGGUCGGCAGUUGCGCUGCCUGCCUGCGCGCGGGAGAGAAUCAUUACUUGACCAACUUCCUCACCAUCUUGGAUGCCGGUUGCCAACAGAGACCGGAGCCUGGUGCUACGAUUUCCGUCGAAGGCUCUCCUUUCUCCAAGACCCCGGUCAACGCCACCGAACCAUCGCCAACCAACACAUACGUGUCAAACUACAACAGCGGCCCUAUCAGCUUGGGCGGCAAGGUUGGUAUCGCCAUCGGAGGUGUUGUCCUCAUCCUGGCGAUCGCUGGCUUCUGUAUUGUGUGGAACGGCAAGAGAAGGCGCAGAGCGUUCCUGAAGCAGCUGGAAAUGAAGCAAAAGGGUCCCGCUGCCUGGCCAUCGCCGCUGAACACGGUCGGAAUCAAUGGCACUCCGCUAAGCCAGCGACCACUACGAAGCUGGGACGACACCCCGAGCACCCAAGGACCCACGCGAGGCUGGGACGACUCCCCCCUGAGCCCCCAGGCAGAGAAAGCCUUCCCGAGAUACUUCUCGCCGUACUCGUCCCAGUACAACAGCCCUGUGAGCGGCAACGAGGCGCCGAGCACGCAGUGGCCAGUGGACCAAGCGGCUUCCAGGGCUCAACCGCUGGAAAUCGGCGUCGCCCUCGGAGGCGACGGCUCUGGAAACAACUGGUCCGAGCCCAAGGGAAAGGGCAGGUCAGAGUCGUAUGAGUUGAGAGACAUCGAGGGCGAUUGGGACGCACGUCAGAGGCAUCCCAGCCCGCCAGUUCUCCAGCAUCCAGGACAUUCGAGGUACGCGGAGCACAACCCGGCAGCGUACCACGGCCUGACAGAAGAGGACAUCAGGAGAGGGUACAUUUAA